AUUCAAGAUGUACCUUAGGGACAGAAAAGUCGCUGAUACAAUCCGGAGCACACAGUAUAAUUCUGGCAACGCACUCCAGGGGACAUUGGCAAGACUUACCGACCUUGAUCUUACGGGUCGCGUCCAGUACGAUUCUACAGCCAUGCGGGCAAACGGUGGAUAUUGCGAUGUAUUUGUCGGCGUUGUUGCGAUACAACGCCAUGGAUACUCCUCCGGUACGACAGGUACUGCCGGAAAAGUGAAGGUUGCUGUCAAGAGAAUGCGUGUUCAUGUUCAGAAGGAACGGGAGUACGAUAAGGUUCUCGCAAAAGAGCUGUAUGUAUGGUCAAAGCUCGGUCACCCCAAUAUCUUACCACUUCGAGGAUUUGCAUUGGAGGGUGCUUAUCCACUUGUAAUUUCGGACUGGAUGGAGAAUGGGACACUGCGGGAGUACUUGCGUGACCACGCAGAGUGUGAUGUCGAACCCUUGAUAGUCAAGAUUGCUAGUGGGGUAAACUACUUGCAUAGGCAGGAUGUCGUUCACUCUGACCUCAAAGCAGACAAUGUAUUGAUCAGCAAUCACGGAGAACCGCUCAUCUGUGAUUUUGGUAUGGCAAGGAUGCUAUCUGCUUCUCUCACUCUGGCCGCCACGAGUUCGGGAGGAAUAAAAGGUUCCUUGAGAUGGAUGGCGUAUGAACUCCUUGAUUUUUCGAACGACAGUCAUCACACAAAGGAAACGGAUGUCUGGGCCUUCGGAAUGACUGUCUAUGAAAUACUUACACGCGAACUGCCAUAUGCUCAUUUGAAGAAUGAUGGGCUCGUGAUGCGCGCCAUCACAGAGCGCAAGUUGCCUUCCCGUCCUGGUGCAUAUAGCAAUUGGUCACCUUUCCUACAAAGCGCAUGGACGAUCUGUGAAGAAUGUUGGAUAUCACCUCCGCGAAAUCGAAUUGCUAUGGAAGGCGCAACAGACAUUUUGUACUGCUCAGUGACGCGUACAAAUACUAUUGACAUUAAUACUGUCUCAAUUUCCAGCAACUGUCUCCUUACAUGGGGUUCUGACAAGUUGGCCAAGGUUGACCUUCGGCUGCCACAUUCUUUGGGAUUCAGAUUUUCAGAUUUCCAGAGAAUGGUACUGCUCACUGAGAAGGAACUACAACAGUCUGCUGUCGAACCACGCCAGACACAAAUGCGUGUUUGUACAGAAAUCCGCAAUCGUAUAAAGUUGCUAGCAGACAUACGCCCAAGGUCCCACGAAUAUGUCACAGUUGAAGAUGUUCUUACAGGCAUCUGUGAUGCACUCAAUGUACCAGUUGACACUGAGUACUGGAAAUUUGAUAGCAAGAGCCAAAGUGCCAUAGCUGCAUACAGAUUGCGUGUUGAGGCAAUCAAGACAGGCGGAUUGUUAUUUUGGGGGGAUCAUGCAUUUUCAUGA